CCUGCUUCAAGACCAAUUCAUGGGUAUAAACCAACUUUAUAUAAGGAAUUUCUGUAAAUAUCUCGUCAGGCUAAUGUAGUUCUACUUAUGUCUUUCAUCUAAAUCCCAUGCCAUCCGUUUUAUUUGUCGUAUUCUGCAAUUUUUUCAUCGUACCCGAGCUUUUACGUCCAUUGAAGGAGGUUAUGACAUCACUUUGCGUUUCGCAUUAUCUGAUUGGCUUGCACUUGCGUCAUCUUUCUAAAAUAUACUUUGGAUAUUAAGCAUUUCAGCUUCAUUAAUUUCUAUUGAUUAUCAUCUCCAAAUAAUUAAUUCUAUAAAGUUAUGUAUUGAAAUAGCUUUUUACCAAGAAAUUAUCGGAGUUUAUAAUUCAAUUUGUCAUUUUCGUUUUUAAAACCAUGUGCCUUUGACAAAUUUAACAUAGCUCUUUCGUAUAUUUUUGUUCAAUGCUAAGAAAAAGACUGAAGUGGUCGGAAGAUUAAAGAGCCAAUCAGAUAAUGCGAGACGCAAAGUGAUGUAGUAUAUUAUGUCUCGCUCCAGAAUAUUUUACUUAUAUGGAGAUCUCACCAUUGCUGGUGAAGGGCUGCAAAAUUAAGGCCUAUACUAGAACAUCAGUGCUUAUACAGCCUUUGAACAGGAGGGCUCUUUAUCGUGCCACACCUGAUGUGACACGGGGCCUCAUCCAAAGGACCAUCUCAUUUAUAGUCACCUCAUAGACACGAUUUGAACUGAAAAUUUCCAAAUUUUAAUUUUUCAAUUUUAAUGUUUAAAAUACUUAACUAAGGUACAUGUAUUUCUAAUGGUCAGCAAAAACUUCAAUGUCAGUAGUCAUGUUACAAGAGAGAUACGUAUAGCACUCGCAAUUCUUGUAUCAUGUCUUAACUAAGUAUUUCUAAUGGUCAGCAAAAACUUCAAUGUCAGUUGUCAAGCUACAAGAGAGAUACAGAGCUUGCAAUUCUUGCAUCAUGUUUUUGUUUACAUAGGUUAGAUGUAUUGGUGAAAAUAGAUUUUGUUUAAUGCAGAUUUUUCAAUUUACAAGUUAAUUCUGAAUGCAAUUAAACAGUUUCUAGUGUUUGUCACAUCUCAUUCUGUUUUAAACAUGAUAUUUUCUAUGAAGCAAUCUAUAUGUAAACAAAAACAUGUAGAUUGAAUUCCUAAAUAUUUUACUGUAUAACUGUAAGAAGCAGGUAAACACCAUUGUAAAGAGUAAUUACAAUAAGAGUUGAUUAUGAUUUUAUCCAGUCCACAUUUCUUUUUCACUUGAAGAGUUAUCUCUCUUAUUCUUCUCAUUUAAAUGUACAUUUUUGGGCCAGUAAUACACAUAAUGGUCCAAGCCAUGUGUUUUGCUUAAUACUUUUACUAUGACUAUGAGUCAUAAGAACAGGCAAUGGAUCCUCUAUUGUAUGGUCAAUUUAGUGUCAGGUUGACCAAUGCAGCUUGUAUAUUGAAUUUUAAAAUUAUAUGUAACAGGAAUCAUUACAAAUGUUAGCAACGCGUCUACAAUACCCUCUUAUUAUAUAGAUCCUUAUUUCUUGUAUACUGGUAAUAUAUGCAUGGACGAAAUAUGCAGUUUUUGUCAUAUACUAUAUAGUAUUAUUUGCAAUUCUUGUUUUUUAUAUGUAUGCAUCUUGGUAUUCCUGGCAGAGUUGUGAGAGAUACGUAAAUGUGAAGAUGUUUUUGAUACAUUCCCAUUCUAGUGAUGUUGGUUAUUGUAAAUGAAGAUUGUUUACAGGCAUUUAGGCUUGGAAUAAUACGCAAUUCAUGGAGAAAUCCAUAUGCUUUUGGUGUUCAUGGAUCAUGUGCAUAUUAUUUGUGGCAUGGGUAAAAAAUGAGAAAAAAAGAAAGAAUUAUAUGGCAUACUGACACAUGCAUUCCUUACGAACUACAAAUUGAUUAAAGACAGAAUAAGAAUACAGCUUAAAAAACAAAUUUGCAUUGCUCCAGUAUCUUUGACACCGAACUUUGGGACAUUUGAGGACAAAUUUCUUCCUGUGUGGUGAGAAACUCUAAGGAAAAUCACUUUGAUAUUCAACUACUUCCAAACUUCCAGGGUUUCAAGAUGGAUGUCGAUAUUAUAAAGAUGGAGCCAGGGAGCCCCUUAGGUCUCAGUCGCUGUGGCCACUCCCUGUCCUUGGAAGAAAGCUUCGGUCGUGACGUCUUUGCAGACUACAACAAUGAUGAUUAUGGAUCAGAUGGUUCCUACCAAGGCAACAGUGCUGACAACAGUGGCAACAUAUCCCCCUGCAGCAUCGAUGAAAGUUCAUCUCCUAUUGACCCAAGCAAAUUAGAUUUCAUUAACAAUAUUGCCACCUCAAUCACAAACUCCAUUAAUUGUGAUCAGGAGAACAUUGAAUUGCCCAAGAGACUUUGCUUGGUGUGUGGUGAUGUGGCUUCUGGCUACCACUAUGGGGUGUCUUCAUGUGAAGCUUGUAAAGCAUUCUUCAAAAGAACUAUCCAAGGAAACAUUGAAUAUUCUUGCCCUGCCAGUGGUGAUUGUGAAAUUACCAAAAGAAGGCGAAAAGCUUGCCAGGCAUGUCGAUUUCAGAAAUGCUUACGAGUGGGCAUGCUCCGAGAAGGAGUUCGUUUGGAUCGAGUUCGAGGAGGACGCCAGAAAUACAAGCGGACUAUCGACUCGGGCCCUAUUGUGCAGCAGAUUUUCCCUAUGAUCAAGAAAGCCUGUAUAGAAACCACUAAAUCAGAUAACAAAGUUCUGUCACAACUCAUAAGCAUCGAGCAUCAGCUAGACAAACUCUAUGUCAACACAGAGUCUGAGGUUCUGGAGGGUGGGGAAGAAGUACGCUUCUUAGCCACUGUGUCUGAUCUUGCGGACAGGGAGUUGGUGAUCACUAUCAGUUGGGCCAAACAGGUUCCAGGAUUCUGUACACUCUCCCUUAGCGACCAGAUGAAUCUUCUGCAGCAUUCAUGGUUGGAAAUCCUAUGUUUAAAUCUUGUAUUUCGUUCUUGUCCCUACAACGGCUACCUCAAAUUUGCUGAGGACCUUCAACUCUCUGUUGACGAGUGUAAACUCUGUCACUGCUCCCCGGAAUUGGACGGACUGUCACGAAAACUUGCCAAAAAAUUCACUGAAAUGGAGGUCACUAAGGAAGAAUAUCUUCUACUGAAAGCCAUGACUUUAUGCAAUAUAGAUGUGGCUAUUGAGAAUAGUGAAGCAGUGAGGCAGCUCCAAGACAAAUUGCAAGACUCCCUGAUUGAAUACGUCAAAUACCGCUAUGUUGGUAAUCUCCGUCGCUUAGGACAUCUAUACAUGCUGCUCCCAGCUCUCAAUCACAUGAAAUUGCUUGCCAAGCAAUACUGGUUUGAUGUGAAGAAGGAUGGGAGGAUCAUGAUGCACAAGCUUUUUCUGGAAAUGUUAGAGGCAGACUCUUGACGUUGCUGAAUGAAGAGAGACAACUCUUGAAUAGUGUUAAGUUUUUUUUCUUUGCAAGCAUGUGAUAUAUUUUGUAAUUAUUUUGAAAAGCUUUCACAGAAUAAGAAUAGAUAACAGAUGCAGUUCAUUGUAUAUUUUUAGUAUAAUUAUGCAAAUUUAGAUUUGUGUAAAGUUUUUGUUGUUUGUUUUUAGAAUCUUGUUAAAAGAAUUUCUGUAUAUCAUGACAUAUGUGUGAUGUGCGUAGGAAACCUGUGUGCUAUAAUAGUGCGUGUGAAAGAAAGAGGUGAAAAAACUGUUAAACUUACCCAGAUCUCAAAGCUACCAUAGUUAGACAUUUUUGUUUCCCCAAAUACUUUUAAAGCAUGCUCCAUCAAUGAAUUUGUCACAAGUUCUUGCUGAUAUUAAAUGAAAUAUAAUGAUUAGUAAGAACUUAUCAAAAUAUAUCACAAUUUACUCAGAAAAUCAGCUGUGGGAUAAACUGUAUCCUACCGAACAAUAUUUGAACUUGUGUAAAUUAAUUUUCUGUAAUCCCCACUGUUAGCAUCAAUGAUGCUAACCAUUGUGCCAAAUCUGCAACUCCGUUUCCAUUCAUAGUAGACCAGGCUACAUAUUAUCUCCCCCUUGUAUAUUGAAUCAACUCCAUUCAUUCCAAUAGUUUGCCAUGUUCCACAGUAGUUAUUGGCCCUAGUCAGAAGGCAGCAACAGUAAAUAGGGGAUUUCCCUGAACAAAUCCUUUGACUUCUAGUUGAUAUAAUCCCCUUUUGUAGUUUUUUAACCAUAUUAAUGUUGGACCUUCACCAUUGGCUGUUGGUGUUGACCAUUUGGAACUCAUCUACUUGUCCGUGGCAUGUGAGAGGGUCAAGGGUCAAACAAACAGUUAUCUGACCAUUCCCACCUUUUCAUGUGUAUAUUUUUACCAGCCCAUGUACCAUCACCAAUUUGAAUUUUCUGAAUUAGACGGAAAUUUAUAAUCAGUGAAUUUGAUGUGUGGUAAAAAGAAUUUCCCAAUGAAUGAAUUUAACAGCUUUUGUGUUUACUUUGAUUGGGUGAAAAUGGACCAAUUAUCAUGAUGCGAAGAACUAGUCAUAUUUAAAUGUCUGCUUAGGCAGAUCACCGCGAUGAUGUCCGUCCAAGACAGUUAAUAUUUGUCUCUCUUGUAUUCUACAAAUGAACUUGGCUGCAUUAAUUUUCAGGCUUGAGCGACACACUAAAUUAGUAAAGUUCUUGUUGUUGAAAAUAUGCAAUUUCUUAUGUCAAUUAAAGCAUAUGAAGUAUAAAUAUGAAAUGUAGAAUUUUCUGUUAAUGAACGGGCAUUUAAUUCAACAUACCACAUGUUAUUAUGACAAUGAUUUUUAUGCAAGAAAAUUAUCAGCCAGGUUAACAAAGGAUUAGGUUCAACCAUAUCUGGCCCUUGAGCAUUAAAUUAAUAUGAAAUUCAGUAAUUAUGUUGAAAUGAUAUGAAUUUUUUUUUAAAUUUCAUGCAUUAUAAAAUGAUUUCUGUUUUUGAUUAUGAGGUUACAAAGUGGGUGGUUUUUCAAAAUACUCAUGAAAAUCGUCUAAAAUUUCAAUUACUUGGCCAAUUUAAUGGCUAGAAGUUAUAGGCACCAUGUGUGAACCAAAACUAUUUUUGCCUACUUGCAGCAUUAGAAUAUGAAGUUUAACAUAUCUCAGUUUGAUUUUAUUUCAUGCACGCCACCCAAACUUUCAGAAGCCUAAGGCAUAAAGAAAAAGAUUAAGUAAAGUAAAGAUUAAUGGCUAAAAUUGUAGUUUUAUAUACUUCAUCUAUUUAUUAAUCAAUGUUUAUAAAUACUUCUGUUAUUUAUGUAGUUUAAACUUAUCGACAGAUUGAAGGCCAAAUUAUACUGAUGGUGAACUUAGUCCUUUCAAACUGAUACAUAUGUGAUACAAAAAAUACAGAAAGUCAAUCGGAAGAGAAAGUCAAAAUGAUAAUUGGUUGAAUGGUUGUUAUAAUACUGCAUGGGAUUUCUUUCAUUUCUAUAGAUGAAAUGUAGAUAUACAUGUAUAUAUGCAUCAACACUGUACAUGUAAAAUUGUUAAUGUUAUGGAUUUUUAAACAGAGUGUUAAUUAUUAUGUAUAUUCCUAGAUGAGUAUGAUCACAUUAGAGCUGUGUAAUAUGAUGUGUGAUAGAUGUAUUUUAGUAUGUUGCCAGCAAUUUGCUUGUUUUCCAGUUGUUAGGUUUUUCCAAGUACCUAUUUACAUGUACCAUGUAUGUUUGUUGGUUGAUGUUUUUUAAUCGGUGCAUUUAAAUUGUAUAGGGAGAAGUUAUUUGAUAGAUCUGUAUUGUGUGAGGCUAUACAUUGUAUUGUGUUAAACUUACAAUUUUCUCAUUCAGAGGAUGAAUCCUUUGAGCUGGUUCUUCAGGACAUGUCAGUAUACAGUAAAAGAUCAGUCCAAAUUUCCUUACACUGACAAUAAUUUUCAAUCGCUAAGUAGUACUUAAUAAUUGAUUGGUAUUCUUAGUGAAUGAGUACUACUUUGUCAAUUUGUUAUAGUCGAUAAAAGCAUGUUUCACUGAUCCUUGCUGUGAUAUGGACUUUGUCAUAACACAUUACAAUGUUAAGCCAAGUGAGGGCCUAUAACUUGUUUUCAGUUUUCUCAGGUUUUUUGUGUUUCCUCAGGUUACUAAUUUGUGAUAUUUGAUUCUGUUUUCAUACUUAAAGUCAUAUUUAAUCAGUUUUCAACUGUUAUUAUACCCUAGCUCUGCAUUUGUAACAGAGUUUCUUACAUCAUUUAAUUAACAGAAAUUUGUUCGUUAUUUUUAUUUUAUUUAUUUUAGAAUCGGUGCACAAUAUUAUAAGACACACUGUAAUAUGGUAAUAUGUUUUCAUCAUUGUUACACAAGAAAUCAGUAUCUUAUAAGAUUUGGUCCAAUUCUCUCACGGGUAGCAUAUCUUGUUCCAUUAUACAAAAAAAUUACCUGUUUUAUCAUCAAUAUAUUUUUCCGUGUAUGAUUAUACUGAUGAUGAACAAGGUUACUUAACACAGUUAUUACCUGAAGAAAACUGAAAAUGACCUUGUUGGUCUUGAAGGGUGAUAAAACAAAUUGUACCAUGGGUUUUUUUUAUUUAUUGUAACAUUUCAUUAAUCAGAUGUCAGAGCUCAUAUAGAAAGAGAAAAUAGUUGCACUUCUAUCACUGUAAACCAUUGAACAAGAAUUGUACAUAGCUAUAUUUAUAUAAAACUUUUACAGUUUAUAUAUUUAAUCCAAUAUUGCCAAUCUGACUGGUUUGGGUUGUUGGGAAAAAGGAUUCUAUCAUGGAAUUUCUUAUUAACCUUCCAACCUGGACCAAUAUAUAUAUAUUCCAAGGUAAAUAAUGCUUUGCAUGGUUCUAUUUCAAGAUAAAGUUGAAUAAAAGAUAUGCAUAGCUUAAAAAAAAAAAAAAAAAAAUGCUAAAAAAAUCUACUCAAAAAUUAUUUUGAAAAAGUAACAAAAAAAUUUAAUAAAAUAAGAAAACAAAAAAAAAAAUAUUGAAAAAAGAAAAAAGGAAAAAAAAAAUGAACAAAACAAAAACCCAUAUAAAAAUUUAAAAAAAAAAAAAAAAAAAAAAAAAAAUGAAUGUUCACAUGCAAAAGUUUGUUCAUAGAUAUUCAUGACUAAAAAUGAAGAAAAAAAAGGAGGAAAAAAAAUGUAAAAACACAAAAUAUACCCCCCAAAAAUAAUAUUUGAAAAUUAUAUCCAUCCCCCUACAAAAAACAAACCUUAAAUCUUUCAUCAUAGAGAUUGAAGGGGAAAAAUGCACCAAAAAAAAAAAAAAAAGAGGGAAAAAAAAUGAGAUAGCAAAUAAAAAAAAAUUAAUAAAGAAAAAAGAUUAUGAAACAUUAUGCCAUCACAAGAUCAUUUGCACACCAAUGUAGUUAAUUAAUAAAUUAAUAAAGAAAAAAGAUUAUGAAACAUUAUGCCAUCACAAGAUCAUUUGCACACCAAUGUAGUUAGAGUUGCUUGUAGGUAAAUUCAUGGUUUACAGUGAUAGAAACAAAGAAAAUAUCAUUCCAUUCACAGAGGCUUCAUUUAUCAUACAGUAAACAUUAUUUUUGUUUUAAACAUUUUGAACAAGAUUAUUAUAUAUUAUACAUAUUAUGUACUGUAUUGGAGGAUUUAUAAUGAUGGAAAUCCUAAAUUCUAUAUAUUUGUUCAACAGAGUCAUUUUCAUGUAAACAUAUCACAAUAUCAGAUUUUUUUUUCUUGUGAUAAAUUGUUCAUCUGAUCAACAGACUUGCCUGUACUAAAUUCUCAGAAAUAUUUAAGUCUUGGACCAUGAUUUGGGGAUGUUCUAUAAAUGGUAAACUCUUUUGAGUUCCUAUAAUCAUUACAAUUCCAAAAAAAGAUGAAUUUUUUGAAAAUCACAUUUAGAUUAAAUUUAUUUAUGCAGAUUCCCCAUAAUUCAUUCAAAAAUAAAAUUUAUAUUGUUGGUACCAAGCAGUGGCAAAAUUUAAGAUCAGCUUAAAUGAAUUAUCAGAUGUUUCUUCACCUUGAUUUCCAUUGCAUUGUUAGGGGGGGGGGGGGGGGGGUCUUUGAAUUUUCAAUAUGAUAAGACAUUAGAAAUUAUUUUGAAUAUUUGUUUCUUGUUCCAAUUUUGAAUAAUUGUAAUUCAAAUGUUUUUAUUUUUAAAAACUGAAGCAUGCAUGGAUCUUUUUUUUUCUGUAAUAUGUUAAUCUGUAUGAAGUACAAAAAGUUUCAGUGUCAUUCAAAUACACAAUUUCCGAGUUGUCCAAUAGUUAUUUCCCUUUGUUGAACUCUUUUACGCAUGGUGAGGUGCAAAAAAUAUUUUUUUAUUCAUGCGGUGGGUUCAAAUGCUUAUCAUUGCAUUCAUAUAUCUUGAUUAUUACCAGACAUUAUGCAACCACCCUCAUUGCAGGGACACACAAAUUUAGUAAGUUUGAGUACUUGAUAAUGAAAUUAGCUCAAACAAAAAUUGAUUAUCACCAUCUUUCUUUGAUAAAAGUAUCACUUGUGUAGAAGAGGAAAUAAAUAAUAAUUUGAUUUAAUGAUUUGAUUCAAACAAAUUAUUUUUCAUAUGAUCAGUUUAAUGUAUGCCAACGACUGAUAUAAACAAAAUUUAUGCUUUCAGAACUUUUAUUUUCAUUUACAUAGCCAUUCUAUACUGUUACAUCUUGUACCCACCAAAGCGUUCAAUAGAAUACUGAACGUACCUCCAUCACAAAAGAGCCGAUAUCUCGGAUUGCGUAUUGACCUUGAAUUAUCACAAAUUUUUUUCAGAAGAAAGUUAUGUUGUUAAAUAUUUUAUUUAAUUUCUUUCUUAAUAUAUUUUUUAUUCAAAUUGUGAUUGAAUUACUUGAAAAUGAUCUUUGUUGAUUCUAGAUUUCAUUUCCGUCAAAAACUGGACUGGUGACAAAAACUUUUUUCUUCUGGUUUUAUGCAAAAUUUAAAAAUAUUCCCUAAUUUUUGGGGGAUUUUUUGUUGUUGAAAGUUUGAAAAUGAGAAUUCAUUUUAAAAUUAUUAAUAGUAAUUUAUUUUUGGAAAUUUAGUGUUUGAAUAAGUGAUACUGGAGAAAUAUAAGACAAGGUGCUCCUUAUGAUAAUUUCAUCAUACUAUUCAUAUUUUAUACAAAUUUCAUUUCACACUCUUUUAAAAGAUCCAAAUACCCUGUCAAAAAUGAAAUCCUUGCUCUUUCCCUUUGUAUUUUACUUUGUUUAGUUAGGAAGCAUGUUUCCCCUCCAUUAUUGGAAACCUGAAUUAUAUUGCUUGGUUUUAAGUAGGUAUAGACUGGCUCAAGUUUAGCCAACCAGCUGCAGAUGGUUAUAAAUCAUAUGAAAUCUGACACAAAUGAAAAAGAAACGAGUUAAAUAUUUACAAUAUUUGAUAGUUUUCUGCAUUUAAAAUGCUUUAUUCAAGAAAUGUUUCAUUUUUUCCUGAAUUUUUAAAGUCAAAUUAAGGUGGCUCGUCAAUCAGCAAGGUUCCAGAACUCUUUAGCUACAUUAUAUACUAUUUCCUUAGUAUUAUAUAUUCAGAAACCUACCAAUAUAUCCAAAUUGAAAAUUACUAAAGUGUAAAAUCUUAGUUAUUUACAAGAAAUCUUUUAUGAAAACAUGCUUAAGAGUUUUGGCACCUUGCGUAUAAAUACUUCACUUUAUAUUUGGAAUUUUUCUUGUGUUAUUACAUUGAAUUGGGGAUAGUAUAAUACCUUGUUACUUUUCUUCACGAGAAAGAUGUAUUUUCUUAGAAGUUAUCUUCAAAAUAAAGCCAGUAUUGAAUGUGA